UCAACACUUUUGGUAACAAUUACCUGCUUGUGUAUUCUCUUAUGAUGGCUGGGAAUUGGCCACAAAGUUCAUAUGUGUAUUUUCUAUACACUAUCUAUGGUCUUCGUCAGGGAGACAGUUGGCAGUGUUUCAUUGCCAUUUCCUUUCUGUUUUUGGCCUUCGAGUCGUGGCUUGUUGCUAAGCACACUAGGAAGAGAUUUUGGCAGCAGUGUCUGGUUGAUAAUUUUGUGUUAAGUGUUGUUGAUGCUUUUGUUUCUGCGGAGAAAAUGGUGUUGCUAGGUGGAUUACAGUCUUUGUUUGAAGCGUUCUUGUUGGCCUCAUUGUUGGGAUGCUUCCCUACAUCACAGGCGCUCGCUUGUUCUGCCGCAGUUGUGAGCUAUACGCAAACUAACUUUACCUUAUCUCUUGCCUCACUCAUGCUCCCAAUUGUGACUAGUUUCCUGGUAGCACUAUCCUUGACACAUUCACUUCGGGUUGAUGAUGCAUUGAAUGUGGCUAUCACUGAGUUUCAGAAAAACUUAGUCCCUUACCCUCGUAUUCAUUUCAUGCUUCCUUCUUAUACUCUUGUUAUGUCUGAUGAUAACGCCUUCCAUGAGCAACUAUCAGUUGAGAUCAAUGACAGUACAUUUGAGCCUAGUGCUAAGAUGGCCAAAUGUGAUUCCCACCACGAAAGGUACAUGGCUUGUUGUGUGGUGCGCGGAGGAGAUGUGGUACCCAAAGAUGUAAAUGCCACUGUUUUCACAUUCAAAACAACGAGAUCCAGACAGUUUGUGAACUGGUGUCCUACUAGAUUCAAGUGUGGUAGUACCUACCAGCCUCUAAUGGUGGUGCCAGGAAAAGAUUUGGCCAAAAUUCAAAGGGUUAUGGGUAUGAUUUCUAACUCAGUCAGUGUUGCUGAAGUGUCCUAGAGAAUCGACCACAAGUUCGACCUUAUGUCUGCCAAGCGAGCUUUCAUGCUAUUAUUUUCUCUAGACUUGACGACAAGUCUUUUUGAAGGGGAAGGGUAUGAUACAGGAGAAAUAAGAAGAAAAGAUAUUUUAGUUGGUUUUAGUGGGUAAUUUUGCUUAUUAGCAAAGUGGUUAUUUUCAUCAUUUGUCCUUUUGUGCUUAGUUUUAUGAUAACUGGAUUAGAGAGAAUCUUUCUGUUCGGGUCAUGCCUUAUUAAUGCACCUUAGGUUGUAAUUGGAAUUAAGAAAUGAAUUAACAAUCCUAUCUCUA